AUGGCACCAAGCAGAGAAUCAUUCCUCAGAAAUUCAUCGAAAAACAACAUGGUUCAUCAAAAACCCUCAAGUCUCUCAUUUGAAAACCUCCAAAGAACAGUUUCAGACAUCUCAUUCCAACUCAAUGAACUCCUAUCCAAAGAAGAAAAAGUAUCGGAAUCUGCUGCUGCUGCUGCUACUGAUAACAAAAAGGGACUUAUUCUUCCCCCACUAUCCGAAAUCGAAGAUGCCAAGUGCGAGUGCUGCGGUAUGUCCGAAGAAUUUACCCCAGAAUACAUAAAAAAAGUGCGCGAAAAAUUCUCGGGGAAAAUGAUUUGUGGGCUGUGUUCAGAAGCAGUGAAGGAAGAAAUGGAGAAAAAUGGUGGAAAAAGAGAAGAGGCAUUGAAAGAGCACAUGAAUGCAUGUGUGAAAUUCAAUAGGGUUGGCAGAGCAUACCCUGUACUGUUGCAAGCAGAAGCCAUGAGAGAAAUUCUGAAGAAAAAUAGGGCAAACUCGCUUAGUCCUAGAGAGAAGGGAGAGGGGGUGGGGUUGCAGACGAAAGGUGGGAUUGCUAGGAGUUCAAGUUGUAUUCCAGCCAUUAUAAAGGAGAUUAAUACUCAGAAUAUGGUGAAGUGA